AUGGCCCAACCCAUGCUGGUUCGACUGCAGGCUCCGAUCAACGUCUGUGGAGACAUUCAUGGCCAAAUUGGUGAUCUUGUAGAGAUAUUCCGUGCCGGUGGGAUGCCUCCCGCAACGAACUACCUGUUUUUAGGCGAUUACGUAGAUCGUGGGAAGCAUGGGACGGAGGUGAUUGUUGUGCUUCUGGGAUUGAAGAUCCUGUACCCUGACGGCAUGUGUGUUCUUCGUGGCAAUCAUGAAUCCGACAGCAUCUGCAGGAUAUACGGUUUCUUUGAUGAGGUGAAGCGGCGUUUUUCAGUGAAACUAUUCAAGGAGUUCACUGAUGUGUUCAAUUGUUUGCCGAUUGCUGCGCUCAUUGAUGACAUUGCACUCUGCAUGCACGGUGGUCUGAGCCCGGACCUACGCAACUUACGACAGAUUGAGAGGAUCGAGCGCCCACUUAUCGUUCCUGACACCGGACUUGCGUGUGAUCUGCUCUGGGCUGAUCCCGAGGAGGCGGGAAGUGGUUGGAUGGAGAGUGAGCGCGGUGUCAGCUACACGUUUGGGGAAGACAUCGUUAAGGAAACAUGUGAAAGGCUUGAUAUUGACGUUGUUCUCCGCGCCCGCUUUCAGUAUUUUGGCUCUUGCUGA